AUGUUCUCGGGCUCGGGAAGCGGCAAGAAGCCGCCGCAACAGACCAAGGAAAUGGUACAGGUCGGAUCGCCCUUCUGGAAAGCGCCUAGUCAACGAGAAACGACGCCGAAGAGAUCCAGCCGCGAAUCCAACAUAGUAGUUGGCGCCGCCUAUUCACAUGCCGACAUUCUCAAACUCAAUCAACUCAACGUUUCCGGAAGCUCUUCCCGACCGCAGACACCGCCUUCAUCCUCCUCGAACAAGCUCCGUCCCGGAGAGACGUCGCCGCCUCAACGCCAAGCCUCUGGUAGAGCCUCCCCACCCUUCAAGCACUACAUCAACUUCCUUUCAACAACGAACGAUGACUGGAAGGCCGACGAGGAUGAGAUGAUGGGAUAUGAAGACGACGAUGGCGACGAUUUCGGGCUGCCUAGCCUAUCUAACAUGAGGAGGCGGAAGAAGAAGAUAGCGGCAGGUCAGACAGCAAUAGACGAUUCGCCUGGGGCGACGUUAUCUCCGAGGUUAGAUGGGUCGUUUGGGGCUUUCCAUUCUAGGCGGUAUUCGAAUAGUGCCGAUAUCGCGAUUGAGCGGCCAGCCCCGACGUAUCCUCUACCUAAGAAGAGUGAAGGAAAGAUUCUCAGACCCCAGUAUAAGGAAAUAUUACGAGACCCGGCAAAUGCUUUACAUCUCAUAAACUACCCAUCCAUCCCCCCAAAUGCCACCCCGAAAGAAGCAGAAGCCAUCAACUCUAAAAUCUCCCGCAUCGACAAAUUCAAAAAACUCCUCCAAGCAACCUCCAUCCCCCUCGCCGAGCUCCGCAAGCUAGCCUGGUCGGGUGUGCCCGAAGAAGUCCGCGCCAUGACUUGGCAGCUCCUCCUCAGUUAUCUCCCCACCAACAGUGAACGUCGCGUCGCGACACUCGAGCGCAAGCGCAAAGAGUACCUCGACGGCGUACGGCAAGCCUUUGAACGGGCCGGGGGAGGCGGUAGUAGCUCAACCGUCAGUGCAGUACCCACGGCCGGCAAGACGCGCGGGCUCGACGAGGCCAUCUGGCACCAGAUCAGCAUCGACGUGCCGCGGACCAACCCCCACCUCGAGCUUUACGGCUACGAAGCGACGCAGCGCUCCCUCGAACGCAUCCUCUACGUCUGGGCCGUCAGGCACCCUGCCAGCGGGUACGUCCAGGGCAUCAACGAUCUCGUGACGCCGUUCUGGCAGGUGUUUCUGAGCGUGUACAUUGCGGAUCCGAACAUAGAGACCGGCAUGGACCCGGGUCAGCUUCCGAAACCAGUGCUGGACGCGGUGGAAGCGGAUUCCUUCUGGUGCUUGACCAAGUUGCUUGACGGCAUACAGGACCAUUACAUUGUGGCGCAGCCGGGGAUUCAGAGGCAGGUUGCUGCGCUGAGGGAUCUUACGGCGAGGAUUGAUGCGGGGCUUUCGAAGCAUUUGGAGAAGGAAGGGGUUGAGUUUAUCCAGUUUAGUUUCCGGUGGAUGAAUUGUCUUCUUAUGAGGGAGAUAAGCGUCAAGAACACGAUACGAAUGUGGGAUACAUACUUGGCCGAAGAACAAGGAUUCUCUGAAUUCCACCUCUACGUCUGCGCCGCCUUCCUCGUGAAAUGGUCCGAUAAGCUCGUCAAGAUGGAUUUCCAGGAAAUCAUGAUGUUCCUGCAGAGCCUGCCCACCAAGGACUGGGGCGAGAAGGACAUCGAGAUGCUCCUUUCCGAGGCGUACAUCUGGCAGAGUCUGUUCAGGGGCUCGGCGGCGCAUCUGAAGGGUCCUGCGAGUGGGCGGUCGCCGUUGGGACAUUUACAGCUUUAG